AUGCCAGCCCGCUUGCUGACUGCAUCAGAACGAAACUAUUCCACCAUAGAAAAAGAAGCCUUAGCAGUAGUAUGGGCACUCAACAAAUUUAGAGGAUAUGUUGAAAGCCAGUCUAUCACAAUCACCUCUGACCACCAACCAUUGAAAUGGCUGAUGUCUUUAAAGUCACCAACUGGUAGGCUCGCAAGAUGGGCCUUACAAAUCCAAUCCUACAAUCUGACUAUUACAUUCCUGGACAUUACAUUCUUGGACAAUUACAUUCCUGGACGAUUGAACUUUAUUGCUGAUCUAUUGUCUCGUCCUAUUUGUGAACACUCAAGUACAGAUUCUUGUCAAGUAUGUGCUGUCUCUGUCGAAAUCCCUACUAUUAGCCCUGCAGAAUUAAGACAAUCACAGCUAGAAGAUGAUGAUCUUCGGAAGAUCAUCGAAACUUUUGAGAGUCCAGAGAAAGAAGCAGACUGUGCAACUUGGACUGGAAGAGGCUACGUUAUGAACAGAGGAGUUUUUUGUACCGAUAUUCCCCUGAUUCAGAGAGGAAGAAGCUCAACUA